AUGCGUCUCCUCCUCACCACCAUCCUCGCCCUCACCACCACCACCCUCUCCCAAUCCAUCGAACCCCCAGAGGGCUGCCCUCUGCCCCGAUGGACCAUUAACAACUUCCAAUGGCACAACGGCUCCAAGAGCCUGGACUGCAUCCACAACGAAGCCGACCGCUCCGCCAAGGGCUGCCUCUGCAACGGCGGCUGGUGCGAACCGGACCCGGACAUCUGCAACGGCACCAUGGUUCCUCUCUGCUACACGGGAAUGCCCAACUACGAGCCCUGGGGCUACGGACCCCCUCAGACGCUGGACAUCGAUUUCGCCGACGGCCUGCACUGCCACGACGAGUACAUCGGCUACCGCAUCCACGAUAUCGGCAACGGUGCCAGUAACUGCGGCUACGCGGACCGGAGCCUGGGCCGUGUGGUCUCGUUCUACGGAACCUCGAAUAAGGAGGCCAGUGUUGGCCAUCUGGAUUACCAGCUGGGUCGCGGACAUGCGCUCGAGUGUCAGGAUGGUCGCAAGAUCACGUAUUCGGGACGUACGGAUUUCGAGCUGAAUUGUGUGCAUGAUUCGUUCUUCAAUGCGACUUGCACGGCGGAGCCGUUCCAGGUUCCCGUGCUGUCGUUUGAGUGGGUGGAGUAA